AUGCUUCCUUAUUACUUUUUCCUUUCUUCAAGAUUUUAUCCACUUUGGCUUCCUCAUGAACACAUUUUUUCCAUUUCAAUUUUUUUUCUAGCUAUUGUUGUUUAUGGCAAUGAUGAUGAUGAUGUUGAAUCAUUUUCUACUCUUUCACUUUCAUUCUUCCUCAUUCAGAUUUUUUUUUUCUGCUAUUCAAUAAGUUUUUCUUCUUCAUCUUCUUGUUCCUGUCUCGGUCCACUGACGACUUUUUUCUUGCUCUCUUCUUUUUGCUUUUUACUCAUUUUCUCUCUCUCUCUUUCUUUGUUUCUUUCUUUUAUUCAUUUUUUGUCUCUAUUUCUAAAAUAUAAACUUUUCUCUCUUUUCUUUUUAAACCUUUUCUUUCUCCUGAGCACCAAAAACAGUUCCUACUUUCUUUUCUUCUUUAUUAAGCUUUUUACUCAUUUUCUCUCUCUCUCUCUCUGUUUCUUUCUUUUCUUCUUUAUUAAGGCUUUUUACUCAUUUUCUCUCUCUCUCUCUCUUUGUUUUUUUCUUUUCUUCUUUAUUAAGGCUUUUUACUCACAUGCACUCUUUAUUUACAUCAUUUCUCUCUUUUUCUUCAGCACCUCAUCAUCUUCAUCCAAAUAUACUGAAAUCUUUUCCCCACCCCUGAAGUGUAAUGUACAACAACAUAACAGCCUCCACUGUCCCACUUUCUUUUUCUCUUUGUCUUUCACUCUUCAUCCUCUUCCCACCUUUGAGAUUUCCUUCUUUUCUACAAAACCUUUUACGGUCUGUAACUCUUUCUUCAUAUCUACUCUUCUGUUUUAUCUCUCUUUCCUUGCCUCUCCUUUUCCAAUAUGUGAUGCUGCCACCUUCAUCGCACAUACAUUACUUCUCCUUCCUCCACCACCAUACUCAUCCUGCGACAUAAACAGCAUCACUGGUGUUACCCCUCUAUGGCCAGUUCUGACCACUUGGAUUCCCCUCAAGAAAUCUGGCGUUUGCACCAUCAACUCAUAUGGCUUGGUAAGAUACCUUAUCUAUUUUUUGUCUUGCUACAUUUUCUUUUUACUUCCAAAAUACCCUAAUUAUCUGUGGAAUUCAUCCAUUUCAACUUCCUUUCAUAAUUUAUUUCCUCUCUCAUUCAUUAUUCCUUUCUCUCCAUCUCUCACGUGGUCCAGUGCUGGGCUGCAUCUGUCUGUUGCUGUUCACAGACAAUUUGCACCCAUUAAGUUGCUUCAUUUUCUUAUGCAAUAUUUCAAAGAUAAAACUUAUUAA